GGGAGUGGGACAUAAAAGCCAUGGUUUCCACCACUCCUGAGCACAGAGAGACAGCGGUUAACAUGAGCAACCCCAAGGAAUCCAAGGCUCAGCAGCUGGGCCCCCUGGAUGAGGAAGAGCUGAUACCCGGUGGCACCAGAUAUUUCAUAAAAGGCUCUGGAUUCCAACCAACUUAUGGCCCCAAGAACAUUGCAGGGAGCCUGGGCCAUGGUUCGAUAGCCCUGGCGCUGAAGCUGCUCUUCCUCCUUUUCUUCUCUGCAGUUCUGGUGGCUGUCCUUGUGAAAGUCUCCAAGGUCCCCAGCUACCAGGAGCAGAGGCAGGCAAAACAAAAGAUCAAUAAAGAAAUGAUGCAACUAAAGACUGAAAUAGGCCACCUGUGCCGUCCUUGCUCCUGGGACUGGACAUUCUUCCAGAGAAACUGUUACUUCUUCUCCAACUCCAAGCUGAACUGGAGCGCCUCUGUCACUGCCUGCCAGAAAAUGGGAGCCCAGUUGGUGGUCAUCAAAGAUCCUGAGGAGCAGAACUUUCUGCAGCUGAGUUCUAAGAAUAGAGGCCCCACCUGGAUGGGACUCUCAGACCUGAAAAAGGAAGGCAUAUGGAAAUGGUUGGAUGGUUCUCAUCUGUGGUACAGGUUGUUGAAGUACUGGCUGCCAGGGGAGCCCAACAAUGAGGGGCAGGAACACUGUGCAGAAUUUAGAGGUGAUGGCUGGAAUGAUGACAACUGUGAACUCGAGAAAUUCUGGAUCUGCAAGAAACUGGCAGCCUCCUGCUCCAACAUGUGAAGUCCAGUCUCUCUCUUCAGCCCCUGCAGCUCAAAUGUCCCCACCAGUGAACCAACUUCUGGACCUGAGGUGGGCCUCCCAGAUCUCUGUUCAAGAAAGGACAUGUUGGCCCCACUGCUGUGAGUUCUAUUGGAGGCAGGUAGAACCUGUGAAUCAUUCCCCAUCUAUACUCUGCACAGGAAGUUGCAUCUCCAAAGUCAGGGUGCUUCCUAGAGGAGCUCAAGUGGGAUGAGAUGCAGGAUGAUAAAGAUCUGGAUAUGUUGGGUCAACAUGGGGCUCUACUGACCACUCCAGAGCUCCCAGUGUGGUCACUGAUGCCUGCUGUCACACCCUCUCCACCUGGCUUAGACAAGCCCAUUGCUGCUACUACUUAACAAGCCCAUGGAUGUUUGAUGUUUGUCUGGUUUCUUAGGCUAUAACAGUGUCUUUUGCUACUCUUAAUGAGCCCCUCUGACCACACUUGAACUUAUGGUAGGGAGGUGACUUGAGUGGAGGCUGGGACAUCUCAGGAUAGGAUUGGCUACUAGAAAGACCUAAUAAAAGGUUGAAAUCUUCUAUCCCAUCUACCAAUUUCCAGGGGGGAUGGCAGUUGGAGAGAGCUCUGCAAAACUCUUUUGCGAUGAGAUUCAAUGACUUCCCAGGUUGUUAAACACAGGAAGUUCCAGAGGGUGGCACACCUGAGCAGGGCGUGGAAGCACUGUGAAACUUUGCCACUCUUUUUCUAUUCUUUGUAUUUUUUCCAUUUGGGUGUUUCUGAGUUAUAUCCUUUACAAUAAACCAGUCAAUAUAAA